UUUUAACCAUCACCGACUCUCGCAUUUUAUAUUACUCAGGCACCUCACUUGGAAGACUCAAAAUUCCACUGGAAGCAGUAAAAUCCCAUUCUCAAUUAAUACUUCAUGGCUCCACACUCAAUUGUAUAUACACUGGGAGCCUCUCUUUUUCGCUCUGCUAUAUCAGAUUGCAUACGGGAAAUUUAGGUAAUUGAGCUUGAGCCCACAAUUCAUUUUCCUUUUUACAUAUUACUCAGCAAUUUUAUUUUAAAAUUUUUGGAUUAAGGGUGUUAGUUAAUGAAUUGAUCUGCGGGUUAAAGUUGCAUCUUUUUUCUGAAUUUUUUUUUGUUCAUGGUUUGUGGAUUUCAAUGUUGUUUAGUUAACGAUUUGUGGAUUUCAAUAUUGUUUUGUUAAUGAUCUGAUUUGUGGGUUAAAAUUACAUACUGUUCGUUGUCAUGUUUAAGUUGUGGUUGCUGGUUGGUGCAGUUUUGUCUAGUAAUAAAAAGGAUGACAAAAAGUAAAAUAAAAUAAGUGAAAUUUUGCUUAAGGUGAUUUUAGCAAUUCCAAUUUUCUUAUUCAAUGUUGUCAUCUUUAGUUUGAUACUUGAGUAGUAAAAACAAAUGAAGUUUGAUUAAUUGGUUUUCUGUUUAUUCAAAUAUGGGGAAAUGGUUGUGAGAAACUGGAAAGUUGAUCUCUUUUAGAUCAAGAAUUCUUGUGGAGUUUCAGUGAUGACACUUCUUCAACUCAAAAUAUGUGCCCAUUAGAUGGCAGAUGUUAAUUGAUUAUGAAAUCAAUGAUUAUUAAGCCAAAUGUGUUUUUGUCGAAAUUUAUGUAGUGUGGAUUUAGAGAAUGUAUGACUUAGUCUACUAGAGCGAUUCUGUAAGCUACUACUUCCAUAAGAUGUUUUUAUAACUUUCGAGGUUUAGGGGUUGCUCAAGCAAUCAGUGUUUCUAGUGUUUGGAGAAAUGUCAGUUCUGUUAGGUUUGUUACGAAAUAUUGUUGUCAAAAAUAAAGUUUUAUCUCAAAAUAUAACUCAAAGAUUCCUGCUUUAGCCAAAAAAAAUCUCAUUUGUUAUUACCAUCUGAUUACACCAAACACUUUCUCAGAGCUUAUAAUAAAAGCUCUUCAACAUUGUACAAAAAGGAAUAGGAGAAAUGGGCCGUGGAGUAAGCAGCGGUGGAGGACAGAGCUCGUUGGGGUACUUGUUUGGCAGUGGUGAGGCCCCAAAAAUGGCUUCUCAGAAAGCUAAAGCUGAAACUAGUGCUGCAGGUAAAGAACCAUCUCCGAAGCCUAAUGCAGCCCCUCAGCCAGUGGACGUCGCCAAACAGAUUCCAGCUGGCAUUCAAAGUAGCACGGCUAAUAAUCAUGUCCGAGCAGACGGUCAAAACACAUGCAAUUUCAUCACGGAUCGACCAUCAACUAAGGUCCAUGCUGCACCUGGAGGAGGUUCGUCUUUGGGUUACCUUUUCGGUGGGGGUAGCAAUUAAACACAGCCGAAAAAGCUGAUCAAAAUGUAUUUGGUCAUAUAUGGCUAGGCUGCAAAAUCCUCAUGCAGUACUAUUUAAAAUUUUGUGAAAUUUGUAAGUAUAUGAGAUGGUGUCUUUUACCUUUUUGUGUCAGUUUGGAAAAGUGAAUUGUGUAUUCUUACUAUGCGAAGUUGUGCUUGAUGUGUUGCCGGAGGAUAUAUAUUGUACUAUGUAAGCAUCUAUCUCAAGGCACCAUUUGUAUAAUAACCUCUUGUUCUAUGUUUAACUGUACUAUGACUGUCAGUUCUUGUAAAAGAACACGAACAAGGAAUGGUUGUCUGCAACCGAAUAUCAAAUAUUGUGCAGUAGCAUGAUGAAAGUAGAUAACGUGUGGUAUUAUAUUUAUUGCUAUUUUGAUUUCCC